CUGUGACGGUGGUUGUGUAAGGUGCUUGGUCCUUCAGCAGAAGCUAAGGCCUGAUCUCAAUCCGGCGGCUAGCACCGUGUCACUCAGCCAUCCACGUCCCGCUCCGCAUCCUACUUACUGAGCCAUGGCCUCCGUAUCCGAGCUCGCCUGCAUUUACUCCGCUCUCAUCCUCCACGACGAUGAAGUCUCCAUCACGGAAGACAAGAUCAGUACCCUCAUUAAAACGGCAGGGGUCACCGUGGAGCCGUUCUGGCCCAGUCUGUUUGCAAAGGCUCUCGCCAACAUCAACAUCGGCAGCCUGAUCAGCAACGUGGGAGCCGGCGGUGGAGCCCCAGCAGCUGGAGGAGCGGCCCCAGCCGCAGCAUCUGCAGGAGGAGCAGCACAAGCUGAGGAGAAGAAAGUAGAAGAGAAGAAGGAAGAAUCGGAGGAGUCUGAUGAUGACAUGGGCUUCGGUCUCUUUGAUUAAGACAUUUUGUAAUGAGUCUUGUAAUAAAAGAGAAAUAAACACC